AUGGCGGCAAGUGUGACAUUAUACCUGGAGAUACUGGGAGUCGCCUGUCUGUUGGCGACCGCUCGCGCCAGGGAGGUCAAUCAGUUUCCAGAGGGCUUUCUGCUGGGUGCUGCCACAUCCUCUUACCAGAUCGAGGGCGCCUGGAACAAGGAUGGCAAAGGAGAGAGCAUUUGGGACCACAUGCUGCAUGAGCAUCCGGAGUACGGCAACAACGGGGACAAUGGAGAUGUGGCCUGUGACUCGUACCACAAAUAUGCCGAGGAUGUGCAGGCGCUCAAGGAACUGGGGGCCAAAGGAUACCGCUUCUCCAUCUCUUGGCCACGUAUACUGCCCAACGGGGACCUGGACGUGAUCAACCAGGCUGGAAUCGACUACUACAACAACCUCAUUAACCUGUUACUGGAGAACGACAUCCAGCCAGUGGUGACGAUGUACCAUUGGGACCUGCCGCAAGCCUUGCAGUACAUAGGGGGUUGGCCCAACCCCAUCCUAGCGGACUACUUCCUCGAGUACGCCAGGGUACUCUUUGACAACUUCGGCGACAGGGUAAAAUGGUGGACAACAUUCAACGAGCCAAUCACGUUCGUACGCGGCUACGCAACAAGCGGAGGCCAGGCUCCGUCGCAGAAGGCUCGCGGCAUCGGCAACUAUUUGGCUACACACACAGUCAUCAGAGCCCACGCAAAAGUCUACCGCCUCUACGACGAGCAGUACCUCUCUACGCAGAAUGGUGAGUUGACCUUCUUCAUGACAACUUUUGAAAAUUAUCCUUGGGCCUGUUCACGAACCCUAUCUUCGUGGAUGGCGACUACCCUGCUGUGGUGCGACAACGUGUGGACAACAACAGCAGGGCCGAAGGUCGACCCAGGUCUCGUCUCCCCAGCUUCACAGAGGAGGAGAUCUGCGGACUUCCUUGCAUUUAACUCGUACACAACUAUGCUUGUGAGGUCUGCUGAAUUUGGUCUGUCGCCCUCGUGGGGUCGGGAUACGGGAACCUACAGGUGGUACAACCUCUCGUGGCCCGCCAGCGGGGCCACGUGGCUACGGCAAUACAUGGCUGAAAUGCUGAAAGCUAUUAACGAGGAUGGAGCCAACGUAAUUGGAUAUACGGCGUGGAGCCUUCUAGACAAUUUAGAGUGGAAUUCUGGUUACAAAGUGAAAUUCGGUAUCUACCACGUGGAUUUCAACAGUACUGAAAGAACAAGAACACCCAAGGCUUCAGCGAGCUUCCUUGCUGGCAUCUACAGGAACAUGAGCGGUCAAGCUCCGUCGCAGAAAGCUCCGGGCAUCGGCGACUACCUGGCAGCGCACACCGUCAUUAGGGCGCACGCCAUGGCCUAUCGCCUCUACGACGAGCAGUAUCGCUCCACGCAGAACGGUUCUUCUGAUUUCUUUGGACUGAAUUCAUACACAACAAGUCUCGUGAAGUCUGCAGUCGUGGGUGGCCCACCAUCAUUGGAGAGCGACAGUGGUGUUCAGCGAAUAAUCAACUUCACUUGGCCUGGCAGCAUCUUAAUAUGGCUCAGGCAAUACUUGGAAGAAUUACUGAAAGCUAUCAAUGAAGAUAGGGCCAAUGUAAUUGGAUAUACAACUUGGAGCCUUCUCGACAACUUGGAGUGGAAUUCUGGUUUCAGAACUAGUCUUUUUGUUGAACCUGUGGUUUACUCAUAUGGAUUGUACAUUGCUCUAUUCCAUUAUGUGAAUGUAUUGUUUGCAUAUGCUAUUCUGAUGAAACAUGGAUACCUGUGUGAUAUAUUUGUAAUUGUUGUGUUGUUGAUUGCAGCUGCAGCUUUGAGCAUGGCGGCACAUGUGACAUUAUACCUGGAGAUACUGGGAGUCGCCUGUCUAUUGGCGACCGCUCGCGCCAGAGAGGUCAACCAGUUCCCAGACGGCUUUCUGCUGGGUGCUGCCACAUCCUCCUACCAGAUCGAGGGCGCAUGGAACGAGGAUGGCAAAGGCGAGAGCAUCUGGGACCACAUGCUGCAUGAGCAUCCAGAGUACGGCAACAACGGGGACAAUGGGGACGUGGCCUGUGACUCGUACCACAAGUAUGCCGAGGAUGUGCAGGCGCUCAAGGACCUGGCGGCCAAAGCAUACCGCUUCUCCAUCUCUUGGCCCCGUAUACUGCCCAACGGGGACCUGGACGUGAUCAACCAGGCUGGAAUCGACUACUACAACAACCUCAUUAACCUGUUACUGGAGAACGACAUCCAGCCAGUGGUGACAAUGUACCAUUGGGACCUGCCGCAAGCCUUGCAGUACAUAGGGGGUUGGCCCAACCCCAUCCUAGCGGACUACUUCCUCGAGUACGCCAGGGUGCUCUUUGACAACUUCGGCGACAGGGUAAAAUGGUGGACAACAUUCAACGAGCCAAUCACGUUCGUACGCGGCUACUCAACAAGCGGAGGCCAGGCUCCGUCGCAGAAAGCUCGCGGAAUCGGCAACUAUUUGGCUACACACACCGUCAUCAGAGCCCACGCAAAAGUCUACCGCCUCUACGACGAGCAGUACCGCUCCACGCAGAAUGGCAGAAUCGGCAUCACGGUGAGCACCAACUGGUACGAACCUUACAACGAUGAGGAGGAAAACCUGGCUGCCCAGGAGCGUAUUUUGCAGUUUGAGUUGGGUCUGUUCGCGAACCCUAUCUUCGUGGACGGCGACUACCCGGCCGUGGUGCGAGAACGUGUGGACAACAACAGCAGAGCCGAGGGUCGACCCAGGUCUCGGCUGCCCAGCUUCACAGACGAGGAGAAAAGGAUGAUCAACGGAUCUGCGGACUUCCUUGCUUUGAACUCAUACACAACUAUGGUUGUGAGGUCUGCAGAAUUUGGUUUCUCGCCCUCAUGGGGUCGUGACACGGGAACCUACAGGUCGUACAACCUCUCGUGGCCCGCCAGCGGAGCCACUUGGCUACGGGUUGUGCCGUGGGGUUUCCGAAAAGUUAUAAACUGGGUGUCAACGAGGUACCCGAACUAUCCAAUCUAUAUCACGGAGAAUGGCUACAUUGAUUCGGGAGAAAUGGACGAUCAAGGACGCAUCAGCUAUUAUGGCCAAUACAUGGCUGAAAUGCUGAAAGCUAUUAACCAAGAUGGAGCCAACGUAAUUGGAUACACAGCGUGGAGCCUUCUGGACAAUUUAGAGUGGAACUCUGGUUACGAAGUGAAAUUUGGUAUCUACCACGUGGAUUUCAACACUACUGAAAGGACAAGAACACCCAAGGCAUCUGCGAGCUUCCUUGCUGGCAUCUACAGAAACAUGAGUGUACCAGAAGAAUAUUUCACAUAA